AUGGCCCUCUUCGUUCUCGCCAUGUUGGCCUUCAACAUAACAAUUCAUCGCAACAUCAACCGAAUGAUACACCUGCGGAAAGAGAUGGAGUCCCUGUCCAUCUCAAAUGGCCGGGACGAGAAGGAUCGACUCAAUAUCCGAGCACCCCGGUUUCAACGAGAGGAAUCCGAAUGGAAGAAGAGCGAAUUCAACAUUUUCCUGACGGAGACGUCCUGCAAUUCUAGGCCGAGGUACCGCGCCUGGUGUAGCGUCGAAAGCAUGGCCAAGCAAAACCCCAAAGCAACCGUGUGGUACGUGAUGACGUCACCGGAAGUGGACACCCAAGACGGCCUGGUUGAACGAUUGCUGGAGAAGUACGUCAACCUGAGGAUUGUCACUAUCAGCCUGGAGGAGGUCUUCAGGGGGACGCCCUUGAAGGAACUAUAUGAUUCUGGGGCCUGGUAUAUAGACACCAAAUGGCCAGCGGCUAACCUCGGCGACAUGAUGAGAAUGGCCCUGGUGUGGAACGCGGGUGGUUUCUACAGCGACACAGACAUCAUCUGCAUUGCACCCGUUACGGGACUGCGGAACGUCAUCGGGUUGGAGUCCUUCAAUUUGGUCAACGGCGCUGCUUUUCAUUUCGAAAAGCGCCACCCGAUACUCAACCAAUUCAUGGUCUACCUCAGCGCAAAUUUUGACCCUUACGAGUGGGGGAAGAACGGUCCGCAGGCGGUCUCUGCUGUGCUGAGGUUAGUUUGCAAGGACGACAUCCUCUCCCAGAACCUGAAAUGUCGAGACGUGAAGAUUCUGGGGUCUCAAGCCUUCUACCCAGUCCGCCCUUCUAUGCAGAAAGUUCUGUUCCACUGGUCCAGCGAAAAAGACAUGACAAGGAGAUUUCCGAAAUCCUACACCAUCCACCUGUGGAAUAAGGACUCCAGCAAAGUGCCCAUUGUCAAGGAUUCGGGGUCAAUCGUUGACCUAGCCUCGGCGGCCUACUGUCCCAUGAGCAGGGAGGUAGCUACCAGAAAGUCACAUAUUUACUAA